UAUAGUGAUUUUCCGGUAUGGUAUCAGUUUGUGACCGCAGCGUUCUGUCAUGCUAACUGGAACCAUCUCUCCAGCAAUCUUUUUUUCUUGUACAUCUUUGGAAAGAUUGUUGAAGAAGAAAUAGGAUCCUUUGGUUUGUGGAUGUCCUACUUGUAUACUGGUCUUGGAGCUAAUUUGGUUUCGUGGUUAGUUUUACCGUCAAAGUCAGCUUCUGCUGGAGCCUCGGGAGCUGUUUGUGGGUUAUUUCUGAUCAGUGUCUUCCUCAAGAUGUCUCGGGAUUGGAGGAAAUUCCUUGAAGUUCUUAUAUUGGGUCAGUUCGUUUUGAAGAAGGUAUAUGAAGCAGCUCAGGGUUCAGCUGGACUAUUAGAAACUAUAUUUGGUGGCUUUACAUCAGUGAUAGUUGUUCGGACUCUCAAACCCAUUGCACAGUUCUCGGGUGCUCUUGUUGGUGUUCUCUUACUUUGGCUUCUCAGCAAAUUUCCCUCAGAACCUGUGGUUCAACAAGUUAAAAAAAUCCUACAAAAGUGAGGUAAUAAUAGAAUGCAAAGCUGAUAAAACUAUUUCUUUUGCAGCAGAGUUGUGUAAUUGCUUUGUCUAUCUUACUGCUCAUUAAGAGGUUUUUAUUUAUUUCUCCAAAUCUAUGAGUCUGAAAGUUAUUGAAAACAGCAGAACUGUACAAUACAUUUUCUUUUAUACAAGAUCAUUCAGCUGCAAUGUACAUAGAGUGAGAGUUCUCAAAGUAUUUGACUCUGAAGUUUCAACAGAAGAAUAAUUGGAAAACCAAAUUCUCUGGAUUCAGUUCAGCCAAAGCCGGUU